ACGUCGAACGUCGAUAAACGAAAACAACAAACCCGACCCCAGAAAAACGGUCAUCAGUCUUUCCGGGCCCCCGUUCUGGUGGAGUAGAGCGUUCCAAACCAUGAACUUAAACAACAACAACAACAACAACAAUCAUCCGCUGCACCCGUACCACCACGCCCCCAGCACCCAGAGCUUCAGUGGUAGCAGUUUAGCAAACAACAACAGCAGCAACAGCAGCAGCAGCAGCAGCAGCAAGAGUAGCGACGGCACCAAUCAGCCACACGCCAUCAUCAACAGCAAUGGGCAGCAGGGGACGCUGCGGGUCAGCCGCAGCAGCACCAGGAAAAAGCCGUUCCACUUCAUAUCCAGCAUGUGGAAGAUGAAGAAAAUCAUCAAGUUCGAGGACAUUAUGUUCCACCGCGAGAUGAAAUGCCGGGCCCGCUCGGAACCGUCAGUGUCCACCUACAGCUGCACCGGCGGCAAAGGCUGCCAGCGGAAGUCGUCGCCCUCCUUCUCGAUGCUCAGCCUGUCGCCGGGAAAGUUUCAGAAAUCGGCCGACGAGCUGGAAGUGACGCGCCUGCGGUUGUCGCGAAACGACAAUCCGUUCGUGCAGAAGGUGCUAGCCAGUCGGGACAAUAUGGUAGACGUCAUCGACGACACCGAGUCGGACGAUGCCAUCCUGAUCCUGAUGUCUGACGACUUCAACGGUGAAGCGGAAACCGACCCGCUGGCACUGCCGCAGGUGCACGAACACAUGAUCCGCUCUCCGCCACCCACGUUCUGGCCGCGGGCGCCAAAAACUGUCUUCAACUUCGAUGGGCCCGACGAAAAAGGGCGCCGACCCGAGCCGAACGCCAGUGCGAGCGGCCGCCCGUCAUCAUCGGUACUUGCGGAUCCACGGAAGCAUCCGUAGUGACCAACACACACACACCGCUCUCGUAUAGCACGGCGAUCUUUCAGAGUACCCCCAGAGCACGGCCAGCAAUUGUGAGUCAGUGAGAAUGCCGGCCCACCACACGGAAGAGGUCCUUGUUCCGCCGUCGAACACUUGCCGAACGACGACGUGCGGAAGGACUUUUUAUGUUUCAAUUACCAGUACCAGCGUCCAGCGUUACCCUGCUGAGGAAGCGUUCGUUCAUCUCCAAACGAUAACAAUAUGAAGAUUCCCGCACUAUAACUUGUUACAUAGUUCAUUAGUGAAUAUAUAAAUAAUUUGUUUAA